ACAUUUUCUAUGUUUCUAUCUUUCUAUCAACAUAGCCGAAUUUUCCUAAACGUCAAAAAAUUGGUGUUCUUCGUGAAAACAUAAAAUAAAUUGAAAAUGUGGCUAAAAUUACUAUGUGGCUCUUAUAUUUUGGGCAUGUUACUACUGUCUGAGGUAUCAGGACGAAAGCAUCAUCUGGAAAUAAAGAAUGAUUUUCGACGCUACAUUGCGCUGAGUACCUUUGGAUUCUACCAGGGUGGCAUAUUGGAUGUGAAAUUCUCGAAUUUCUAUUACAACACAGAAAAGAGCGAUGGUGGCUUGCAGUUUGGCUUAUCACUGGAUAAAACCCUAUCAGAUGCUAUGAACCCGUAUUUGGAUACGCAUCAAGCAAAAUGCAUCUUGGAUGAACCAGCAUCGGUGCAGAAGAGAGGUCCUAUUGUUUUCUUCAGGAUGGAUUUGGAGAAGGAUACGGUACAUAUUGAUUGUUCCCGAGACUGGCCACCUACUGCCAUCAUCUACAAGAACAGGGCAGACAUACCCGUGAUGCGCGCAAAGAGAAAUAGCCUGGCAAAAGUGAGUGACUCAUCCAUCUUUAUGCAGAGACGUCGUAGAGCAGCCACGGAGGUGGAAGAUAAUGCUCGCGGGCUGAAGUGUAAUCAGCAAGUGCUUCCUCUCAAUGUAACAAUGCAAGAUGGCAUUAAACAUUAUUCCCUGAACUUUGUUCUCUAUGUGGCUACAAAGGAAGAUGAAGGUCUCUACAACUUAUAUUUCCACAGUUGCCCCAAUUAUGCUUAUCCACCACCGUAUUCUCUAAAUUUCAAUGUUGAUAUUGAAGAAAAUAACAGUGGGAAUUAUCUAUCAGCUGGUGAAAUGCCUCUUCCAGCCCUCUACUUCAUGAUGGCUGUCCUCUUCUUUCUCUCGGGACUUUUUUGGGUGUUUAUCCUUCAGAAGAGCAAACAUCCCGUAUUUAAGAUUCACUAUCUUAUGGCUGUUUUGGUAUUCCUCAAAUCCAUUUCUCUCUUCUUCCACGCCAUCAAUUACCACUUUAUUGAGAUUAAGGGUGAGCAUGUUGCAGCAUGGGCCAUUCUUUUCUACAUCACUCAUCUCUUAAAAGGAGCCGUUCUGUUCAUUACGAUUGUCCUCAUUGGCACAGGGUGGACAUUUAUCAAGCACAUCCUUGCUGAUAAGGAUAAAAAAUUAUUUAUGAUUGUUAUACCACUUCAAGUUUUGGCGAAUGUCGCAGCAAUUAUUAUGGAAGAGAGUGAAGUUGGUGAUAAGGAGCAUACAACGUGGCGGGAUAUUUUCAUCCUUGUUGAUUUGAUAUGCUGCGGAGCAAUUCUCUUCCCUGUUGUGUGGUCCAUACGGCACCUACAGGAAGCAUCGGCAACUGAUGGCAAAGCCGCAACGAAUUUGAGAAAGCUCAAACUCUUCCGACAAUUCUACAUUAUGAUUGUAUGCUAUAUCUACUUCACACGAAUUAUUGUCUAUCUCCUUAAAAUAACUGUAGCCUUUCAAUAUGCAUGGAUAUAUGAGAUGUUCCGGGAAAUGGCCAAUUAUACAUUUUUUGUCCUGACAGCAUAUAAAUUCCGGCCAGCAUCGCAACAUCCGUAUUUCACUGUCAGCAAUACCGAUGAUGAGGAUGAUGCCAAUGAAGUAUUGACAGAUUCGGGUUUCACGGAGGGCUUAACUAAAGUCACCAAUCGUUCAAUGCCCAGUACAACUGUUGUUGAUGGCAACGAAGAAGAGCGUGAAACAUUAAUAAGUAAACGUGAAUCGAGCCAUGAAUACGACUGAAUCGUUGAGAAAAUCGUGUUCAAUUUAUUGAUUUAGCCUCAAACGAACAGGCAACAAAAAAGCGUCUCAUCUUCAUUCACCUUACUUUGCUCUUGUGGUCUAUUUUGUAGGUAGAAGAAAACCCAUGUGUAUAGUAUAUAUAAUAAUAAACUAAUUGUGAAUAUUACAUUCAUAAAGGAGUUUAUGCACUGACCAUGUAUAAACUUCCUCAAUCGCAGAACAAUUUUGUUAAAUUCCAUUUUGUAGAGAAUAAAAAAAAUAUUAAAAAAUCAAGAAAGAAAUUCCCCAAUUUCCACUGGAAUCAGAGAGAAAAAGGGCAAAUAAAAAUUGCCAAAGAAUUGUAGUAUUGCGACGUCAUUUGCAGAAGAAGACGCCAUUUUAGGUUUUUGUCCCUCUAAAAAAUUUUCAAAACUUUUUUUUGUAGACUUUUCGUGCAUUAUCCGCUGUGUUUUUUUUUCAUUUUAAUAAAUAAUAAAUAAUCAUAUUUUCAAAUUAAAUUUGGAUAAUUAAUUUUUUUGUAAUAAAUGUUUAUUAUUAAUUUGAAAAUGAAAUAACCUCUGCGGAAAAUGCGCGACAAGUCUACAAAAAAUGUUGAAAUAUUUUUUAGAGGGAAAAAAACUGCAAAUGGCGACUUAAUGGUUAACAUUUUUUUUGGCAAUUCUUUUCUGCCUCUUUCUAUCUGAUCUCAGUAGAAAUUGGAGCUCCUCUCUCUCAAUUUUGCAAUGUUUUUUUUUAUUCUUUACAAGAUGAAAUUUGUUAAAAUUGUUUUGUGAAUGUGGAAGUUUUUACAUGGCCAGUGCAUGAACUCCUUUCAAUUUAAUAUGCAUAUUACUUAUUAGAAGUUAAAUAAUGUAUCUCCUCAGCUCUUGUAAUUAAGUCUUUUACGAAAAAAAAUAUACAUAUAUUUUACAACUUUAUGGAUACACCGCUCUUUUUAGUGGAGCUUUAUGUAUAAAUUAAUAUUGCAAAUUAUUAAAUAAACUUUAACGGCAAAAAAAGUGUUAAAUCAAAUACCAAAAUGUUGAAAAAAAAAUUAAUUUAGAAAUUAAACUAACUUUCUACUUUUAUUUUUUUCUCUAAAAAAAAAGAGAAAAUAAGAUUAUAAAUAAUAUUAUGUAUGGAUAAAGUAGGAAGACCAAGAAAUGGCACUGAGAUGUACUUUGUUACAGCACAGUCUAUGCAAGCUCAGGGUAAUUGAGUCCUAAAUGCAUCUAGUGCCAGAGUCUUCUCGAUACUAAAUAACAUCUGUUUGUAGGCUUAAUUUUUUUUUUUGAAAUCUGUAUACAUUCUAAUACUUUUUCUUUCUAAAUUUUAUUUCUAUUUCAUAUUAAAAAAAAAUAUUUUGUAGAAUUUUUUCUUUUACCAACAAACAUUCUUUGGACGAAAGUACGUUUUAUUCAAACGGAUAAGGCGAAGAAAAAAAGUUAAAAACUUUCUCAAAAUGUCUGCAAUGCAAAAAACUGUGUCAAUAUCUUUUUGCAUAAUUCAAAUAUUAAAAAAAAGAAAGUUUUAAAUAAUAAAAUCAGUGUAAUUGACUGCAAAUCUUAAGUAUAAAUUCAAUGUGAUUUUAAAACUAAUUUAUAGUGAAAAUUUUCAAACUAUUAUGAUAUAACUACCUAUAAUAUAUAUAGGAUUGUUGGUAGCAAUUAAGAGAGAUGGGUAAAAAAAAUAGAGAGAGAGGAAAAAAUAAUGUAUAAAUACCUAAAAUUGCGAAAUAAAGGCAAGUUAAUUUUUGCAUAA